AUGACAUUCGAAUCAGGAACAGGAUCGAAAUCAAGAAGGAUCAGAAGAUGCUGCGUUAUUGUGUGUGCAAUAAUGGUGGUAGUAAUUUCUGUAAUUAUUGUGACACUAUUUUUGACGGUGUUUAGAGCAAGAGACCCAAAAGUAAGUAUCCAUGCCGUUGACCUUGAUAAGUUUGACCUUUUCGAACCCAAUGUAACAACUGUGCCACUAGGGAUGAUAAUCACCAUAACUAACCCAAAUUAUGGAACAUUCUAUUACAAAAAUUCAACUGGGUACCUUAAUUACCACGAAAUGAUGAUAGCAGAAGCUUCGAUAGACCCAGGUUCUGUUCCUGCUCGUAGCACCGUUAAUGUUUCAGCCACUGCAGGUGUAAUGUCGGAGAAAUUAAUGGGUCAUGAGAAAUUCUUUGAAGAUAUUGCACUUGGGGGAUUGAAUUUCACAGCAACUGCAACAUUGCCUGGGAAAGUAGUGGCUCUCCUCCAUAUUAUUAAAGUUAAGGCCACGGUUGAUAUUUGGUGUGACGUUAGUUUUAACAUUACUACUCUUCCAAUAACGGUUGCUUCUAGCUGCAAAACCAAGAUCACAGUUUGA